AGAGCCAGCUUUAUACCAGACAGCCACUGCGCUCAACAGUCAGUUGCUGUCUAGGGUACGGAAGGGAGAAACUCAGGAAGCAACUUGGUGUUUGUGCAUUACUCCAGUCCGGACCCGACACUCGCGGUCGGCUUUCGGUUGAAAAGCUAGAAAAACGCUGUUUUUGUGUGGGAGUUGUCAGUUCUUUGUGUUGUCUGAUGGCACCGCUUAAAGAGAGGAACUCCGUCACAAUGAGGUUUCUUGUCAUCUUGCUUGUCCUGCCGGCGGUGCUUGGUGGCGCAAAUCCACAACGAGGUAUCCCACUGGCAGGGAAGCCAGUCACCCAGAGCACUACACAUGAUCCAUACAGUGCAGAUCAGGCAACUGAUAACAACUUCUACACCUUCUCACACACUGCGGGUGGGCAAGACCCUCACCCCUGGUGGCAAGUUGACUUGGAGAAUGAGUACUGUGUGGGUACAGUCAUUGUCGACCUUCGUCAAGGCUGUUGUGGCCAGGGUCGGUUCACUGGCGCAGUUGUGCGAGCUGGUCCGAGCUCAAACUACGCAGAGAACGAACCGUGCGGCUCGCCGGCAACGAGGGCGCAAUCGGCUGACGGGGCCAGGGUUACGUUUGUGUGCGACGUGCCACGAAGGGCCAGAUACGUGAGCUUGGACAUUGACCCCUCCAACCCCGAUGUCACCACCGCUCUCUUGCAGAUGGCAGAAGUGGUUGUAGAGGAAAACACCGAUGCUGGAUGCCCCGCAUAUUGUCCUGUUCCACUUCGUGGGUUGCCUGCAUCACAAAGCAUCAACUAUAACGAAGACAAUACCUACCCAGCAGGCAAUGCUAUUGACGGCAGAAUAGAUACAAUCUCACACACUAAAGCAAAUGAUGACCCACAUCCAUGGUGGCAAGUGGACUUGGGCAAAGAGGUUGACAUCGGACGAAUCACUGUCGUGCUCCGUCAAGACUGCUGUGACCAGAACCGUUUCACGGCUGCGGUAGCGCGAGCUGGCCUAAACUCCGAUUACUCCCAGAACCAACAGUGUGGUUCACCCGCCACAAGCGAACAGGCAGCCACUGGUGCGACCAUCACAUUUGUGUGUCCCUUACCAAAGAAGGCUAGAUAUGUCAGCCUGGACAUAGAUCCUGCCAACUCUGAUGCCGAGGAAAAGUUACUGCAGCUUGCCGAGGUGACGGUAGAAGAGGCCACUUUUGCCGAGUGUACCACGAUUUGUCCUGUCGAUCUUACUGGGAAGUCUGCUUCGCAAUCUACGAGUCAUUCCUCUGGCCUAUACGAGGCACCAAAUGCUAUUGACGGCGACAUCAAUACAUUUGCACACACUGAGCCCAAUGACGGGCACCCCGUAUGGCAAGUUGACCUGGGUGAGGAGCGCUUAAUUACAAAGAUCACCGUGGUACUCCGACAACAAUGCUGUGGCGAAUAUCGGUUCACCUCUGCUGUAGCGAGAGCUGGCACCAGCUCAGACUACGCCCAGAACUAUCCCUGCGGAUCCCCAGCAACGAGACUACAGUCAAACGAUGGGGCUACUGUUGAAUUUGUGUGCGAUGUGCCACGGUUGGCCAGAUAUGUGACCCUUGACAUAGACCCUAGUGACUCUGAUGUCACUAAUGCAAUAUUGCAGUUGGGUGAGGUGAUGGUGGACGAGAUCUGUGGAGGGUCACCAACUCCUGAAAUGGAUGUGUGCCAAUCUAUUCCCUGUCAAAAUGGUGGACAAUGUACCAGUGACGCCAACGGCUACACAUGUACUUGUCAUUAUGGCUUUACAGGAGCAAAUUGCGAGACUGGCAGUGCAGCGACUGAAGGCGAUCUACGUUUAGUGGGCCCUUCCGACAAGGAGGGAAGACUUGAAGUCUUUCUUAAUGACGAGUGGGGGACCAUCUGUAAGUUUUUCUGGGACGAAGUUGAAGCCGAUGUGGCUUGCAAACAGCUGGGCUUCAAAGGAUCCGGAACAUACGGUCAGUCGGUGCCUGUUGCCCCAGCUUCCGGCAAGGUCUGGCUGACUGCUGUCAGAUGCUCAGGACAGGAGACCAGGAUCGUUGACUGUGACUAUUCGCAACCGUCUACCUGUCCCCACAGUGACGAUGUUACUCUAACCUGCUUGGAUGAGGAUGAUGUUGAACUUCGGUUGGGUGGUGGCAGCGGUCCGCACGAGGGUCGAGUGGAGCUGGUCUACCAAGGCACACCGGGUACCAUCUGCGACACCAACUGGGGCCUUGAGGAUGCUGGAGUCAUCUGCCGUCAGCUAGGCUACGAGGGGGCUUUGGAGGCUAAGUCAGAUGCGUUCUUCCCCGGAUGGCCUGGAUUUGGCCCUGUGUACCUGAAUAAUGUGGAGUGCCGUGGGGACGAGACCAAUAUUCUACACUGCGGUUCAGCAGGCUGGGGAGUAGACACGUGCAGUCACAGUGAAGAUGCUGGAGUGGUGUGUAUAACAGAUAUGUGCAAAACUAAUCCCUGUCUGAACGGUGGUACGUGCACCAGUGGUGCGGCCAACAGCUACACAUGUACUUGUCCAGCUGGCUUCACGGGAGUAAAUUGUGAGACUGCUUCUCCACCCCCAGAUCCAUGUGCCCAUACUCCCUGUCAAAAUGGCGGAACCUGCAUCAGCAAUAACUUGGACUAUACUUGCAACUGUCCAUCUGGCUAUACAGGAACUUACUGUGAAACGGCAACAAAAGGUACAACUGGUACAAAUGGUGGCUUUGGUAUACAGCUGGCCGGGGGCCAAACACCACAGGAGGGUAUCUUGCAGGUUAACAAUGAGGGAGCUUGGGGUUCCGUCUGUGCUAACCAGUGGUCCAAAGCCUCAGCUGAUGUCCUGUGCAAGCAGUUGGGCUUUGCCAGCGCGCUCGUGGCCACAGAAAAGCCCGCAUCAGAGCAAGACCUCAUGUGGUUGAAUGGGAUAAGCUGUGUCGGUACGGAGACCUCGCUGGAUCAGUGUACCUACGACGACUUUGGCACACCCGUUACGUGUGAUUCUGGGCUUGUGGCUGCCGCGGUAUGCAACGUUGACCUACCGUUUGUUCGUCUGGCGGAUGGCGGAAGUCCUCAGGAAGGCCGGGUGGAAGUGCGGGUCAACGGUGAAUGGGGCGGAGUCUGCAACUAUCUAUGGGACAUUGAAGAUGCCAACGUACUCUGUCGAUACCUGGACUACCCCUGGGCUCUACAGGCUACCAAGAACAGUUUCCCACCGGCCGAGGUACUGCCCAAUCUCUUGGAUGCAACAACGUGCACGGGAGAGGAGAAAUCCUUCUUUGAUUGCAGCUUUGAAUACAAGCCUGAGUCCUGUAGCGGCUACGCUGGAGUGACCUGCCAGUUGCCGGAUCAAGAGUCAGUGGCUGUCAGACUAGUGGAUGGACGGGGCCCGUACGAAGGUCGAGUAGAGCUGGAGUUCGAAGGCAAGUGGGGCACCGUCUGUGAUGACAGCUGGGAUCUGGAGGACGCCCACGUGGUCUGCCGAGGGCUGGGCUACGCAAGGGCUGGCCAGGCGGUCCAAAUCGAUGGCGAAACAAACCUCUUUGGAGAGGGCAAAGGAGAUAUUCUCUUGGAUGAGGUCAGCUGCUCGGGCACGGAAGCAGGUCUGCCUUACUGCGGCCAUGACGGCUGGAGAGAGUCUAACUGUGCGCACUCUGAAGAUGCUGGCGUUGUUUGUCUUACAGAGGAUGAUUUGCAAGUGCGUUUGACUGGUGGAGCCACACCCAACCAGGGUGUGGUGGAAGUGUACUUUGCCGGGGAAUGGGGACAUGUCUGUUCCAACGACUGGGACCUAGGCGAGGCAGAAGUGGUCUGCCGACAGCUAAAUUUUGAGGGUGCCAAUUCCGCAAUUUUUGCUUUUGACAUUGGAAACACUCCAGAGAACCGAGAACCGCACCUUCCGAUAAUGGACUGUGCCGGGAGUGAGCAGAACAUCAAAGAAUGCGCUCUAGAAUUGAAAACUGGAUCGUUCUGUUCGCCGGAAUAUGCUGGCGCUGUGGUCUGUUCAGAAGCAACAGGUGUAACCCCUGCAGAGACUGUGCGUUUGAUCAACAGUGGCAUCGUGCCAACCCCCGGGGAAGGUCGCAUCGAGGUCUACCAUGACGGAAUGUGGGGGAAUAUCUGCCAGGAUGAGAAUUGGAACAAGGAAGGAGCGUCAGUAAUCUGUGGACAAUUGGGAUUCAUCGGUGCUGUCUCCGGCGGCUCGUCGGAGUACUACGGUGAUGCAACAAUUACGGACAGCUGGAUGCAGAGCGUGAAUUGCGCUGGAACGGAGACGGACAUUCUGGACUGCCCCAGCGCAGGAUGGUUUGAGAGUUGCAAAACACCCCCAAAUAUGCCAGCUGCUGCUGUAUGCCUUACAGAACCACUGGAGUUACGCCUGGCUGGGGGUUCCAACCCCUACGAAGGUACGGUAGAGGUGUUCUACAAGGGUGGCUGGGGUUCCAUCUGCGACGAUCUGUGGGACAUUGAGGAUGCUAAAGUCGUGUGCCGACAGCUAGGCUUCGGAGAAGCCCAGGAUGCCCCCAAGUUUGCUUUCUUUGGCCGCAGCAAUGCAGACCCCAUCUACUUUGACGACGUGAACUGCAAGGGUACGGAGAGCAAGUUGUCCGAUUGUGGCCUGGAUACAACUCUGCUGUGCGGGCAUGAUGAGGAUGCUGGGGUGAUAUGUGCUGAACCUCCUGAACCGGAGCCGCUGGUCCGCUUGGCUGAAGGUCAAACUGCCAGCGAAGGACGUGUUGAGGUCAACCUCAAUGGCGAAUGGGGUACCGUCUGCAAUGACGGCUGGGACCUCACGGAUGCCGAGGUGGUCUGUAAGCAACUGGGCUUUGCAGGCGCGACUCGCAUUACCGACAGUGAGGAGUUUGGCCCUGGCUCUGGUGAAGUCCUGCUUGAUGAGGUCCAGUGUACUGGAAACGAGGAACUUCUUCAGGACUGCCCCGUUGCCUCUCCAACAGCCAUCGAUUGUGUCCACUCUGAAGAUGUUGGAGUCGUUUGCACCACAGACCCCGUAAUAGAACCGGAGCCACUAAUUCAGAUUCGACUUGCGGACGGUACAGCUGAUCACGUGGGCCGUGUGGAAGUCUAUAAAGACGGGGACUGGGGGACGAUUUGCGACACCAACUGGGACAAGACUGAUGCGGACGUGGUUUGUCACCAAUUGGGCUUCGAUGAGGGAGCCUACUCGGCCAAAUCCUCUGCCUUCUUUGGGGAGGGAGCUGGCUCUAUCCUGAUGGACGAUGUCGGCUGUGUCGGCACGGAGCUAAGCAUCACGGAGUGUCCGUCUGCAGGCUCGGCAGGGGUCGGCUGUCAGCAUAGUCAAGAUGCUGGAGUGGUGUGCGUACCAAACAUUGAGCCCCUAAAAACAGUGCGAUUGGCUGAUAGCGAUGAAGAGAACAAGGGGCGCGUGGAGGUCUACUACCAAGGCGAGUGGGGCACAGUCUGUGACGAUGACUUUGAGCUGGCUGACGCCGACGUGGUGUGCCGACAGCUUGGCUUCGGCCAGGGUGGUGUCAGAGUCGGCGGCGCAGAUGAAUUUGGAGAGGGCCCCGGCCCGAUUCUGAUGGACGACGUGGCAUGCAGUGGCAAUGAGGGUAGACUAGAGGACUGCGACCGGUCAACGUGGGGCGAAAGCAACUGUGGCCAUGCAGAGGAUGUGGCUGUUGUGUGUGGAGUUACCCGUGAUCCUAGUGAACCGACUCUGCGUCUGGUGAGUGAGGACGGACGAACAAAUGCCGGCCGUGUGGAGGUUUACUACGACAGCGAGUGGGGAACAGUCUGCGACGACGAUUGGGACAUUACUGAUGCCAACGUGGUCUGCAGACAGCUGGGCUUUGAAAACGGUGCCUACCAAAGCGUAUCCGAUGCGGGCUUUGGCCCGGGCAAGGGCCUGAUCAUGCUGGACGAUGUCAACUGUGGAAGCCAGGACACCCAAUUGCAGGACUGCCCAAGCAGUGGAUGGAAGCAAAGCAACUGCGGACACGUGGAGGAUGCUGGUGUUAUAUGUCGAACAGAUCCUGAACCCGAGAUCACAGUUCGUCUCGCUGGAGGCACAGAACCGCAUGUCGGACGUGUUGAGGUCUACUACGAAGGUGAAUGGGGCACCAUCUGCAAUGACGGAUGGGAUCUGGAUGACGCGACAGUGGUCUGUAAUCAACUGGGCUAUGGCGGUGCUGAGGGGGUGGCUAUCGCUGGGGAGUUUGGCCCAGGCACGGGUCCAGUCCUGAUGGAUGAGGUGGCAUGCACUGGAUCGGAGACACAACUCGAAGAGUGCUUGUUCAGCGGCUGGCGGCAAACCAACUGUGUGCACAGUGAAGAUGCUGGUGUCUCCUGCCAGAGAACUGAAAAUGAUAUGUGCCAACCUAGUCCCUGUCUGAACGGUGGACAGUGCACCAGUGAUGUCAAUGGCUACACAUGUACUUGUCAAGAUGGCUUCACAGGAGUAAAUUGCGAAACUGAAGGAACAACUCCAAGUGUGAGACUGGUUGGGCCAGAACCCAACUACGGACGUGUCGAGGUGAACUACAACGGCGUCUGGGGAACGGUCUGUGAUGAUCAAUGGGGCAUGGAGGAUGCCAACGUGGUGUGCAGACAGCUGGGCUUUGCUAACGGAGCUGGGCGUUCAGCAACCCUUGCUGAGUUUGGCAGUGGUGAUGGCCCGAUUCUCUUGGAUGAAGUUGCUUGCUCAGGUGCGGAGACCAGAAUUGAAGAUUGCCCCAAUGCAGGAUGGGAAACCAAUGAUUGUAAUCACGCUGAAGAUGCCGGAGUGGUUUGCCAGCCUAAUGAAGAGCCCGAUGUAACAUUGCGACUCGUUGGUGGCGAGAACGACAAUGAAGGGCGCGUGGAAGUCUACUACCAAGGUGAAUGGGGCACCGUCUGUGACGAUGAAUGGGAUGAUACCGAUGCCAAUGUCGUCUGUAAGCAGCUUGGGUUUGAGAGAGCCGUAGAGGCCAUCAGUGGUGCUGGGUUCGGGGAAGGGACGGGAUCCAUUCUGCUGGAUGACGUGGCCUGUACCGAAGAUGAUUUGAGGCUGGAAGACUGUCAGAGCCGUGGAUGGAGAGUGGAAAAUUGUGGUCAUGCUGAAGACGCUGGCGUGGUUUGUGUUGCAGUAACUGACGGUAGUGGUAGUGGUAGUGGUAGUGGUAGUGGUGACGGUGUCACUGACGGUGGAGAGUCCAGCACUAUCCGCUUAGUUGGCGGGCCGUCGCCAAACAGCGGUCGCUUGGAGAUUUACCGCGAGGGUGCGUGGGGGACCAUCUGUGACGACAAUUUUGGCUCAGAUGAGGCUGACGUCGCCUGCCGGGAGCUGGGCUACCCAGAAGGGGCGCUCCGUGUUGCCAUGGCAACAGAUUUUGGCCCUGGCGACCUAGACAGCCCCAUUCUCCGCAAUGUGAAUUGUGCUGGGACGGAGACUAGCCUGGACGAAUGCCUCAUCACCGAUUGGGGGACGAUACACUGUGCUCAUUCUGAGGAUGUCGGAAUUGUGUGUCGAUCAGACACACCUGUGGAAACAACUGUACGUUUAGUGGGAGGUCCCAACCCACACUCUGGCCGAGUCGAGGUGUUCAACCAGGGCGAGUGGGGGACGGUGUGUGACGAUAGCUGGGACGACGCUGACGCAGCCGUGGUGUGCCGACAGCUGGGUUUCACCGGCGUUGCGACCAGUGACGAUGGCACCUCUGAAUAUGGCGCGGGAGAAGGCCCCAUACUGUAUAGCAUGACUUGUCAGGGGACAGAGUCCAGUGUGAAUGAGUGUAAUUGGGCCCUAUGGGAUACGCUCAUCUGUGAACAUUCAGAGGAUGUUGGUGUCACAUGCACAACAGAAUCAGUACCUUCAACUGACGAAGUUCGCCUGGUUGGUCCUGAACCGAACCUGGGGCGUGUUGAGGUGAACUACAAUGGCGUCUGGGGAACGAUCUGUGACGAUCGAUGGGAUAUGGACGAUGCCAACGUGGUCUGCAGACAGCUGGGCUUUGCUAACGGAGCUGUGCGAACAGCACCCAUAGCUGAGUUUGGUCUAGGUGAGGGCCCCAUUCUUCUGGACGAGGUGGGCUGCACCGGCCAGGAGACCACAAUUCAAGAAUGCCCCAAUGCAGGAUGGGAAACCAGCGAUUGUAAUCAUGCUGAAGAUGCCGGCGUUGUUUGUUUGCCGGAUGAAGAGCCUACUCCAACUGUGCGCCUCGUUGGCAGUGAGAACACUAAUGAAGGACGUGUAGAGGUCUACUAUGAAGGUGAAUGGGGUACGGUCUGCGACGACAGCUGGGAUGAGGACGAUGCCAACGUCGUCUGUAAGCAGCUUGGGUUUGAGAGGGCCGUAGAGGCUGUCGGUGGAGCCGCGUUUGGUGAAGGCUCCGGGGCGACAUUGCUGGAUGAAGUAGCUUGCGUCGGGGAUGAGACAAAACUCGAAGAGUGUCCAAGCAACGCUUGGAGAGAUGAAGAUUGCCGUCAUUCAGAGGAUGCAGGAGUCGUCUGUACUGGAGGGAGUCCAGGAGGGGGCGCGCUAACUGACACCGUUCGACUGAUUGGUCCUGAACCCAACAACGGCCGUGUUGAGGUGAAAUACAAUGAUGUUUGGGGAGCCAUCUGCGAUGACCAAUGGGACAUUACCGAUGCCAACGUGGUGUGCAGACAGCUGGGCUUCACUAAUGGGGCAGUGAGAGAAACUACCGGUUCACAUUUUGGAGCAGGUGAAGUCCCAAUUCUCCUGGAUGAAGUUGCUUGCUCAGGUGCAGAGACCAGAAUUGAAGAUUGCCCCAAUGCAGGAUGGGAAACUCAUGAUUGUGGAAAUUCUGAAUAUGCAGGCGUUGUCUGUGUGCCCAGCGAAGAGCCUGAGAUCACAGUGCGACUUGUUGGCGGGGAGAACGAAAAGGAAGGGCGCGUGGAAGUCUACUACCAAGGUGAAUGGGGCACUGUCUGCGACGACGGUUGGGAUUUGAAUGAUGCCACCGUUGUCUGUGCACAGCUAGGAUAUGCACGUGCCACAGAUGCUUACCUGGGAGCCAGGUUUGGGGAAGGUCCAGGAGAGAUUCUGCUGGAUGACGUGGCCUGCACGGGAGAGGAGGCCAGACUGGAAGGCUGUCCAAGCAGUGGAUGGAGAGAGGACAAUUGUGGCCACAUUGAAGAUGCUGGAGUGAAGUGCACUGAUGAGCCAGUUGAGGGCAGUGAGGGCGAUGUUCGGCUGGUUGGGCCAUCUCCGAACUAUGGGCGUGUGGAGGUCCAACAUGACGGUGUCUGGGGAACUAUCUGUGAUGAUAACUGGGACAUGAAUGAUGCUGAAGUGGUCUGCAGACAGCUGGGCUUCACUAACGGAGCUGGGAGAGCAGUCACAAAUGCUGAAUUUGGUGAAGGUGUGGAUCCAAUCCUCUUGGACGAAGUUGAGUGUGUCAACACGGAGAGCAGGCUUGUAGAUUGCCCUAAUGCAGGAUGGGGAACUACCGACUGCAGUCACUCUGAGGAUGCAGGGGUUGUUUGUUUGCCCAACGAAGAGCCUGAUGUGACAGUACGACUUGUUGGUGGUGAGAAUGACAAGGAAGGGCGCGUGGAAGUCUACUACCAAGGUGAAUGGGGUACCGUCUGUGACGAUGACUGGGAUGAUACCGAUGCCAACGUCGUCUGUAAGCAGCUUGGGUUUACAGGUGCUGUAGAGGCUGCUAGUGGAGCUCGGUUUGGAGAAGGUACAGGACGAAUCCUUCUGGAUGACGUGUCCUGCACAGAAGAGGACACCAGACUGGAAGACUGUGGAAACAGAGGUUGGGGGGAGCAAAAUUGUGGGCACAGUGAGGACGCUGGAGUGGUCUGUGCUGAUACUGAUGAGCCUGUUGAGGGUAGUGAGGGCGAUGUUCGGCUGGUUGGGCCAUCUCCGAACUAUGGGCGUGUGGAGGUCCAUCAUGACGGUGUCUGGGGAACUGUCUGUGAUGAUAACUGGGACAUGAAUGAUGCUGAAGUGGUCUGCAGACAGCUGGGCUUCACUAACGGAGCUGGGAGAGCAGUCACGAAUGCUGAAUUUGGUGAAGGUGUGGAUCCAAUCCUCUUGGACGAAGUUGAGUGUGUCAACACGGAGAGCAGGCUUGCAGAUUGCCCUAAUGCAGGAUGGGGAACUACCGACUGCGGUCACUCUGAGGAUGCAGGAGUUGUUUGUUUGCCCAACGAAGAGCCUGAUGUGAAAGUACGACUUAUUGGUGGUGAGAAUGACAAUGAAGGGCGCGUGGAAGUCUACUACCAAGGUGAAUGGGGUACCGUCUGUGACGAUGAAUGGGAUGAUACCGAUGCCAACGUCGUCUGUAAGCAGCUUGGGUUUACAGGUGCUGUAGAGGCUGCUAGUGGAGGUCGGUUUGGAGCAGGUAUAGGACGAAUCCUUCUGGAUGACGUGUCCUGCACAGAAGAGGACACCAGACUGGAAGACUGUGGAAACAGAGGUUGGGGAGUGCAAAAUUGUGGGCACAGUGAGGACGCUGGAGUGGUUUGUGCUGAUACUGAUGCAGGCAGUGGUGGUGGUGGUGAAGUUUUCGAGAACUUACGUCUGGCCGGCGGAUCAACACCCAACAGUGGCCGCGUUGAGGUUUACCGAGAGGGCAAUUGGGGGACAAUCUGCGACGAUAACUGGUCUGCCACCUCGGCCGAAGUAGUCUGCCGACAGUUGGGCUUCGGCGGUGUCACGAACAGUCUGGAAGGCGUCUCGGAGUUUGGGCAAGGAGAAGGUCCCAUCCUGUCUGUGAUAUCGUGUGACGGGACAGAGGCCAACCUGAAUGACUGCUUUUAUUUGGGGAUUUGGGACACAACAGUCUGUGAUCAUACAGAAGAUGUUGGGGUUACUUGUGAAGCAGAAACAGAUGAGCCUGAUGAGGGCAGUGAGGGCGAUGUUCGGCUGGUUGGGCCAUAUCCCAACUACGGGCGUGUGGAGGUCCAUCAUGACGGUGUCUGGGGUACUGUCUGUGAUGAUAACUGGGACAUGAAUGAUGCUGAAGUGGUCUGCAGACAGCUGGGCUUCACUAACGGAGCAGCAAGAGUAUCAACUGUUGCGGAAUUUGGUCCAGGUGAGGGUCCAAUCCUCUUGGAUGAAGUUGAGUGUGUCAACACGGAGAGCAGGCUUGCAGAUUGCCCUAAUGCAGGAUGGGAAACUACCGACUGCAGUCACUCCGAGGAUGCAGGGGUUGUUUGUCUGCCCAACGUAGAGCCUGAUGUGACAGUGCAACUUGUUGGUGGUGAGAAUGACAAGGAAGGGCGCGUGGAAGUCUACUACCAAGGUGAAUGGGGUACCGUCUGUGAUGAUGAAUGGGAUGAUACCGAUGCUAACGUCGUCUGUAAGCAGCUUGGAUUUACAGGUGCUGUAGAGGCUGCUAGUGGAGCCCGGUUUGGAGAAGGUAUAGGACAAAUUCUUCUGGAUGACGUGUCCUGCACAGAAGAGGACACCAGACUGGAAGACUGUGGAAACAGAGGUUGGGGAGUGCAAAAUUGGCACAGUGAGGACGCUGGAGUGGUUUGUGCUGAUACUGUUUUCGAGACCUUACGUCUGGCCGGGGGAUCAACACCCAACAGUGGCCGCGUUGAGGUUUACCGAGAGGGCGAGUGGGGGACAAUCUGCGAUGAUCACUGGUCUGCCACCUCAGCCGAAGUAGUCUGCCGACAGUUGGGCUUCGGCGGUGUCACGAACAGUCUGGAAGGCGUCUCGGAGUUUGGGCAAGGAGAAGGUCCCAUCCUGUCUGCGAUAUCAUGUGAGGGGACAGAGGCCAACCUGGAUGACUGCAUGGGGAAUUGGGGCACAAUAGCCUGUGAUCAUACAGAAGACGUUGGGGUUACUUGUGAAGCAGAAACAGGCGAUGUUCGACUGGUUGGGCCAUAUCCCAACUACGGGCGUGUGGAGGUCCAUCAUGACGGUGUCUGGGGAACUGUCUGUGAUGAUAACUGGGACAUGAAUGAUGCUGAAGUGGUCUGCAGACAGCUGGGCUUCACUAACGGAGCAGCAAGAGUAUCAACUGUUGCGGAAUUUGGUCCAGGUGUGGGUCCAAUCUUCUUGGACGAAGUCGAGUGUGUCAACACGGAGAGCAGGCUUGUAGAUUGCCCUAAUGCAGGAUGGGGAACUACUGACUGCGGUCACUCUGAGGAUGCAGGGGUUGUUUGUCUGCCCAACGUAGAGCCUGAUGUGACAGUGCGACUUAUGGGCGGUGAGAAUGAAAAGGAAGGGCGCGUGGAAGUCUACUACCAAGGUGAAUGGGGUACCGUCUGCGACGAUGACUGGGAUUAUACCGAUGCCAACGUCGUCUGUAAGCAGCUUGGGUUUACACGUGCUGUACAGGCUGCUAGUGCAGCUCGGUUUGGAGAAGGUACAGGACGAAUCCUUCUGGAUGAUGUGUCCUGCACAGAAGAGGACACCAGACUGGAAGACUGUGGAAACAGAGGUUGGGGAGUGCAAAAUUGUGGGCACAGUGAGGACGCUGGAGUGGUUUGUGCUGAUACUGAUGCUGGCAGUGGUGAAGUUUUUGAGACCUUACGUCUGGCUGGGGGAUCAACACCCAACAGUGGCCGCGUUGAGGUUUACCGAGAGGGCGAAUGGGGGACAAUCUGCGACGAUAACUGGUCUUCCACCUCAGCCGAAGUAGUCUGCCGACAGUUGGGCUUCGGCGGUGUCACGAACAGUCUGGAAGGCGUCUCGGAGUUUGGGCAAGGGGAAGGUCCCAUCCUGUCUGUGAUAUCGUGUGAGGGGACAGAGGCCAACUUGGAUGACUGCACUUGGGGGACUUGGGGCACAACAGUCUGUGAUCAUACAGAAGAUGUUGGGGUUACUUGUGAAGCAGAAACAGUAACAGAACCUGACAUUGUUGGAGACAUUCGAUUGGUCGGGCCGGAGACCAAUGUGGGACGUGUGGAGGUGAGACGCGAUGGCGACUGGGGAACUGUCUGUGACGAUAGCUGGGACAUGAAUGAUGCUCAAGUGGUCUGCAGACAGCUGGGCUUCACUAACGGGGCUGUGAGAGCUUCAUUGAGCGCCGAAUUUGGCCAAGGUGUGGGUGAAAUCUUCCUGGAUGAUGUUGAGUGCACAGGCUCUGAGAGCACAAUUACAGAGUGUCCAAGCGCAGGUUGGGGAGUGGAAAACUGUGGCCACUCGGAAGACGCAGGCGUUGUUUGUAUACUUGAUGAAGAGCCUGAUGUGACGUUACGACUUGUUGGCGGUGAGAAUGACAAUGAAGGGCGCGUGGAAGUCUACUACCAAGGUGAAUGGGGUACCGUCUGUGACGAUGAAUGGGAUGAUACCGAUGCCAACGUCGUCUGUAAGCAGCUUGGGUUUGAGAGAGCCGUAGAGGCCAUCAGUGGAGCUGGGUUCGGGGAAGGGACGGGAUCCAUUCUGCUGGAUGACGUGGCCUGUACCGAAGAUGAUUUGAGGCUGGAAGACUGUCAGAGCCGUGGAUGGAGAGUGGAAAAUUGUGGCCAUGCUGAAGACGCUGGCGUGGUUUGUGCUGGUGCUGGUAGUGGUGCUGGUAGUGGUGAUGGUGUGGUACAUCCAGAUGAAGGUAACCUUCGACUGAUUGGCCCGGAGCCCAAUAUGGGUCGUGUGGAGGUGAACCAUGAUGGCGUCUGGGGAACAGUCUGUGACGACAGCUGGGACGUAGAUGAUGCCAACGUGGUGUGCAAACAGCUAGGCUUUACUAAUGGAGCCGUACGAGUGUCAAAUCUUGCUGAGUUUGGUCCAGGCGAGGAUCCCAUACUUCUGGAUGAGGUUCAGUGCACCGAUGCGCAGACCAGACUUGUAGAUUGCCCCAAUGCAGGAUGGGAAACCAAUGACUGUGGACAUGCUGAAGAUGCAGGAGUUGUGUGUGUGCCAAACGAAGAGCCUGAUACGACAGUGCGCCUCGCUGGUGGUGAAAAUGACAAUGAAGGGCGCGUGGAAGUCUACUACCAAGGUGAAUGGGGCACCGUCUGCGACGAUGACUGGGAUGAGAAUGAUGCCGACGUCGUCUGUAAGCAGCUUGGGUUCGCAGGUGCCACGGAAGCCGUCUCUGGAGCUGGAUUUGGGGAAGGCACGGGACAAAUUCUGCUGGACGACGUGGCCUGCACGGGACAGGAAUCCACACUGGAGGAAUGCCCCAACAGUGGGUGGCGAGAGGAAAAUUGUGAUCACGGUGAAGAUGCUGGCGUGAUUUGCAGUGAAUUGGGCAUCGAUGAAGUGCGCUUGGUCAGCGAAGGCGGCAAUCCCUGGGAAGGCAGGCUGGAGAUCCAACAUGAAGGCCAGUGGGGGACAGUUUGUGACGACAACUGGAGCAUCAACAAUGCCCGUGUGGUGUGCCGUAUGCUGGGCUACCCCGGCGCAGCCCAAUACAAGACGCAGGCGUUCUUCGGGCAAGGAGUGGACCCGAUUUGGAUGGACACCCUGAGGUGCAGUGGCGAUGAGACCACCCUAGAGGACUGUACUUUUGAUGGCUGGGGCGUCACUGACUGUACCCAUCCUGAAGAUGUCGGCGUGAUUUGCCUGACUGAUGACAGUUUGGAAGUUCGGCUGGCCGGUGAUGGCGCACACACCAUGUCAGGCCGCUUAGAGGUCAUGUACCAAGGUGUCUGGGGCACAGUCUGCGACGACGAGUUUGGCCUGCAGGAUGCCGACGUCGCUUGCCGGCAGCUCGGAUUCGCAGCCGCCAGCGCAGUCCUCAAGGGACAGGACAAUACGUUCGGUAGCGUGGAGGAAGGCACGCCGAUCCACAUGGACAACGUGGUGUGUAUAGGCACAGAGGACAAGCUGAAUCAGUGUCCUUUCCAAGGGAUUGGAAGCACCAACUGCGAUCACAGCGAGGAUAUCGCCAUCCUCUGUGCUACAGAGGCGCCAGCAAGUGAACACGAAGAAGGCGAGGUACGCCUGGCUGGGGAGAGCCAAUCAGAAACAGAGGGCCGCGUGGAAAUCUACCACCGCAAUCGCUGGGGUACGGUGUGUGACGAUUACUGGCAGCUAGCGGAUGCCCACGUGGUCUGCAAACAGCUGGGCUUCUUGUCGGCACUGCGACCCGUCCCCGGCGCUGCUUACGGCCGAGGCACAGACCCCAUCCACAUGGACGACGUGGCUUGCACGGGAUCCGAGUCUCGGCUGGUGGACUGCGACUUCCCAGGCUGGGAGGUCAGCAACUGUGGCCACGAUGAGGAUGCUGGUGUCGUCUGUGUACCACCUGUGGAAGGCGAUCUUCGUCUGCAAAACGGUGCAACCGACCUCGAGGGAAGACUGGAAAUCUACCACGACGGACAGUGGGGGACCAUUUGCGAAAGGGGCUUUUACAAGGAGAGCGCUGAUGUCGCAUGCAAUCAGCUUGGAUUCCCUGGUGCUGUGGAGGGUCCAAAACCGGCCUCAUUCUACGGAGAAGGCAAAGGGCCUGUCUUCCUGGACGAGGUGGAUUGUGUGGGGUCUGAGAAGCGAUUGACUGAGUGUGAUUCCAGCGGAUGGUCCCAAACCCGCUGCUCCCAUACCGGUGAUGUCGGAGUGAUUUGCAAUCCAAUUGCUGAAGGAACUGUCCGGCUCGCCCAGGGUUCCAAUGGCCCACACGAAGGCCGGGUGGAAAUCUACCACGAGGGCCAGUGGGGAACGGUGUGCGAUGACAACUGGGACACCGACUUGAAUGCCCAAGUGGUCUGUCGACAGCUGGGCUACUACGGAGUGAAAGAGGUCAAACCGUUGGCGUUCUUUGGGCCUGGCUUUGAAAAGAUUUGGAUGGAUGACGUGCAGUGUGUUGGGGAGGAGGCUGCCUUAGCCGACUGUCCGUUUGCUGGAUGGGAAGUGAAUGACUGUGGGCACCCCGAGGAUGUCGGAGUUGUCUGCGAGACAGAACUACCUGCCAGCGAAGGCGCUAUCCGUCUGGUUGGUGGAGCGACAGAGAAAGAGGGACGCGUGGAGGUCUACAAGGAUGGCAGAUGGGGAACGGUCUGUGACAACGACUGGGAUCUAGGAGGUGCCUUUGUAGCAUGCAGCCAGCUGGGCUACCCCAUCGCACAGAGGGCCUUCAUAGGUUCCCACUUCCAGGUGGCCGAGCAACUCCCGUUCAAUCUGGACAAGGUGCGCUGUUUUGGCGACGAGCAACACCUGGUGGAUUGCAUCUCUACCACCACUGACAUCACUUGCACCGAGGACCAGACCGCAGGAGUUCGCUGUGCCUCCUUUUUAGAGGCCCCUUGAGUACCGAUUGCGCCCCCUUGAAUUCCUUACGGUGUACGGUGGAUUAAUUUUCUUGAAAUUCUGCCAUGACCUUAUUGUAAUCAGCCAUUGGCUUUUUGAAAGGUCGGGUGCUUUUGAUCACUGUCAGGAGAAUUUGUACCAGUGUAAUCACAAUUAAUCAUAUACAGGGAUGUACAAAUUGUGUGAUUCAAACAAACUUGGCAAACUGACUCUUUUUACCUCAGAUUUAUAGCAGUAAGCGUUAAGUUCCAGAUACGUUGUAAUAAUGAUUAUGCAUCAAGUGUACUUUAUGUUGGUUUGCACUGUUGCACUUCCAAUUCAAAAUUACAUACCAUGUCUCAAGUGGAUGAAAUUGAACUGUCUGUAUAUGAAUAUAAUUUUGUUGGGAACUUAGAGGAAGAUUUCAGAUGCACUUGUAUUCUAUGUGAUACAGUCUCAGGUGGCUAGUUAUUUGAUUACAUAAAUAAAAAAAAAAUUCGUUUUUUUUCUUUUCGUUUUUUUUCUUUUCGUUUUUGUGUUUGUUUCUGAAAUUUCAUUCUCCUCUCUCUAAAAAUAUUUUAAGCUUUUCUUGAAUGAUGUAAAUUUUCUCGAAUUAUGUACAUUUUCUUGAAGUAUGUUAAUCUUGCAUUCAUGUAACCCAUUUUCAUUUUCGUUUACGCUUGCUUGUUUUUCAAAACUUUAAAGCUAUCAACAGGUUUUAAAAAUCUGUAACUUUAUUUACAUCAUUCCUAUAAAAGAUCAGCUCUAAAAUGUUUGUCUGUUUCCCAACUAUUUCAUUGGGUUUCUUUUCCAGAUGUUUAUGUUUCCAUUCUGAAUUUCCAUUUUUAAUGAAAUCACACCCAACUUGACAUUGCAUUUAAUUGUAAAGAUCUAUUCUAUGUUUGUUUUUUAACUUCAACUUUGUUUUGCAUUUACCUCCUGCGUUUUGAACAAUUGAAAUCUCGGUUAGAAAAUAAAACGGUCUGUGAUUGAAGCAAUCGGACAA